CACUUCGACUUCGAACUAGUCACUAUUAGGUACCCAGCCUACCUAUCGGACAUCCGUCAUUUUUUUAUGAUGUUCCAUCAGUAAGCGACAUGCCGAAUAAGCGCGUCAGAAGAAAUACCCGGUCUUCACAGAAGCUCCCUUCUCCGCCUCGAUCCGAGCAGGAUGCUGCAGUCGCAUAUGACGCUCAUUGUGUGGAAGAUCCUGCGUCAGGCGGCGGGGGAGUCACAGAACGUCAGACUGAAGACCAUGACUCAGUGACGUCGGACCUUGCGGACGAAGACGAGAUGCCCGAGGAGACAGGGAGCACUGGCGAACAGCCGGCUAUGCAUGCGGCGGGAUACGCAGGCGGAAGCGGAGCAGGCUACAACGCGCUCAAGUCGUUCAACGGUCAAGUGUAUUCAGGGAUGGCCGUCGGAGGCUCGCAUACCUGGAAGUAUGAUGAGGGAACGUGGAAGGAGACGAAAGAGGAGCCGGACCUCUGGCGCAUUGAUUACCGGACAAACAAGCGACGUGCAAAAAGAGCGCCGGAGGGAAGCGGUGCACCGGUGGGGACGGAGUAUCACUGGUUGAUUGUGGGACAUCAGCACGUCAAGAAAGUCGAUGCGAAUACCUACGAGACCCAUCUCACCGGCUCGAAGUAUAAGCUCGCGUAUAAGUCGGCCUCAUCGAACUCGUGGUCGGUUCCGACCGUGAAGAAACAGCGGGAGAGAGAGGUCGAGCUGCUGGAGGAUGCAAAGCAUCGCGUCCAGGGACUGCCUCCGGUGCUGGCAUCGGAGAAAGUCAAGGUUGAGAAGCAUGAGAAGGGGCAAACGAAGCUCGACACUAUGUUCGGCAAGGCGGGGACCAAGCGGAAGGCAUCCCAGGAUGCUCACAACGGAGAUGAAUAUGGAAAUAUGUGAUUCACUAACUGUGGUUGGCCGUAAUGGACGCGGAAUCAAAAUGCACCUGGACUGAAAAUCACAUUUUUUACGCCCCCGCGCAUGAUGAAUUGGGGCAAUAAAACUGCUCCCUACA